AUAAAACGCGCAAGCAAGAGCUUUCUUCUCUUUCUUCUCAAACAAGAACUUCACUUUCUCUUGACCCAAAAAAAGAAAAGAAAGAACUUCACUUUCUCUCUCCUCUGUGAAUUGAAUCUGUGAUAUCUUGGCGAUAAUGGACUACGAUUACAGGACCAGGUCCGGUUCGCCAUACGACUCUCAUGUCUACCGUCCUGCCACGUCAUCAGCGCCGUCUAGUCAUCCGAUGUACGGACCUCCAUCGUCGUCGUCUAUGUACCCUCGGGUGGGUCAACAGGGGCAAACGGCGGCUCCUCCUCCGUACGCUCACUCAGGCCGUCCCCUUCCCCACCACCAAACCACAACUCCUUCCUCUUCUUCUUCUUCCGGAUUGGGCAUUCGAGUUACUAUAAAACCAGAGUAUCGGAUCACUCCUCCGCCUACUUUUUCAUUUCAAGUUGGAGAUAUACCCCGCAGCAGUUUCCAAUUCGAUUUUGAUUUUGAGAGGAAAGUCUUGGCUGAAUUAGAAAAGGAAACUCAGAAUUGGGCCAAGCUUGGGCUGGAAAACCCUCCCCAAAGGCCUGUGGAAUCACCAUCUUCAUCCGGUUCUGUUGCAGAUCCCAUUGUCAGCAAAUACAUUGCUUCAGGUCUCAGCCGAGAAGCAGUUCCUCUUGCCGUAGCAAAUUAUGGAGACAAUCCUACUAAGGUUCGAGAAUUUGCCAAAUCAUUCACCCAACUUCGAGAGAUGGGAUUUGCAUCAAACGAUGUUGCCGAAGCCCUAAUCAUGUAUGAAAAUGACACGGACAAGGCAGUGGCACAUUUUCUCAACAGUUCAUCAUGAGACAUUCAUGAAACAUUAUUCUUGUAUUUACCCUUAUAAUAGUGUGAUGCUAUCUUUCUUGCGAAAGUUAGGUUUCAGAUUUUUUGGCUUUCCUACACUGAUUGUAAAAAAAUUAUUGUUUUUGGCUUUACAUAUGGUGAUAAUUGUAAUUUGGUCAGAGCUUUUCAUAUUAUGUUGCUUAUGUUUGAGUUAAA